UUUUAAAAUCCGGAAAUCAGCCCGCCACGUGAUACGAGACGUCACACGAUCACGAGGGUGGGUAGUCAGGUGCUUCGGAGUGCCUUCUGCUCUUAGUACGGUUUAUCGUAGGAUCGUUCUACUCGGUUUCGGAAAUUUCGAUCUCCAGGAUGACGGGUGGCGAGAAAAAGUCGCGCUUAGUUCGCACGCCGUUUCUCAUGUUGUUCGCGGUUUGUCAGUUUGCGCUUUCGUACGCCUGUACGCCUGCCGUGAUCUGGUGCCCGCACAACGAGUCGUCUGACUACGACGCGACAUACAGAACGGCGCCGUCGAGUCCGCUGCAGAAGCUAACAUCCGAGGAAUUCGAGAGAAGUCUGUCGCAGUUCAAUACGACCGAGUCGGCGAUCGUCGCCGACGAAUUGUGUGUCGAGGAUCUACGAAAUAGCAAGGUGUUGUCAAAUGCUACCAAUGGAUCAAAAAUAUUUUAUUUCCCAUGUGUCGUCACGCCAGAUGCGAUCUUCCGGAAAAUCUAUAAACAAGUAAAAACAAUAGAGGAUAUAAACGACGAUCAUGAAUUUAACAUGAUCUUGAAGGAUGUUGAUUCGAGUGGAUGCACAGCACUUACAGGGAAACAAUGCCGUUACAAUUAUGUUGAACGGAUAAAGAGGGAUACAGCUAAUGAUAAUUCUACAGAAUUUAAGAUAAGAACAGAGAAAAUUCUUUUUUACUCCGGUAAAUCACUGUUGUUCAAGGCACCCGGCGAAAACUCAAAGGAAGUGACUCUCACUCAAUCCAAAGUCUCUGAAGCAAUAAGUCGUACAGAUAAGGAUAAGGAGGCAGUAAUUUUAACUAUUAAGUUCAUCGAUGUUGAUGAUAUUGGCAGUUUAACGCUUGAAUUCUUCUUUAACAAAAACGGCGGUUAUUACACAUGGAGCCAAAUCAAUUACGAGGCUGGAAACAUCAUUCUACGUAGCAAACGGGACAUUUCUUUUCCAAAAAAUUUCUCUUACCAUUGCUUCCCGAAAACUGUCUUUGCAAAUGGCAAUGCAUAUUUAAAUAUCACAGAUAUGCAGGUGCAAGUCGAUUCUAAAAAUGGGACUUUCAGCGACGCGUAUGACUGUGUCGGUUUUACCAGCAUACCAAUUUGGACGGGGAUAUUCGUCACUACGAUAUUGGGAUUGAUUAUGAUAUGGGCACUCACUAUGAUCAUGGAUAUUCGUACAAUGGAUAGAUUUGACGAUCCUAAGGGGAAAACUAUCACGAUCUCCGCUGCGGAGUAAGAUAAUAAAAAUUUGUUAUGCAAGUGUAGGUAUUACUUGUGCAAAAUCUAUUCAGAUAAUAUCGCAUUGGUUGUUCAUGACGAUAUUAUCAUCUUAGACGUUUAAUUCCUCCGUGUCACACGUUUCACAAAAACAGAGAGUAUUGAGUACUAAUGAUAAUGCUAGUCUCAUUACGAAGAACUUUUACUCGAUGUAUAAAUCAUUCCUUUGUAUCAUAUUCUUGUAUCUUACUUUCGAUAUUUAUAUAUUGUUCGCUAUUGUGCGUUUUGUAUAUGAUGAUUGUAUAUGAUGGACAUCUUGUUUUAUUAUUUAGCCUUUAUGCAUAGGAAAGGUAUAAAAUCUUUCGAAUAAAUAAAGAUGUAUACAGCAUAUAUCAUAUUAAAUAAAGAUAUGAGAGUA